AUGGCACAGAAAACUGAGAAGGAAGAGACGGAGUUCAAGGUUGUACCUGAAACGAUGUCUCUUUGUGUCGUGUGUGGUUUUGCAGGGAAUUCCGCCACCAAUAAUUUAUGCCAGAAGUGUUUCAACACAACGACAACAGCUUCAUCCUCCUCCGCUGACGCUGCCGCUUCUUUUGAGGAUCCCACGUCAGCAGCCGGAGCUAAGCAUGAUACUCUUUUGCUUGGCGAGAAAUCUUAUAGAUCUAGCUCUCCUUUGAGGUUUUCUCUGGUUAGGGAUGUACAGGAGACGACUGACGAUCUAAAAAAGCCCGAUUUAACUGAUGGUUUGGUAGUGAAGAGGCAGGUAAAUAGGUGCUCCGGUUGUCGAAGGAAGGUAGGGUUGACCGGAUUCCGAUGCCGUUGCGGCGAACUUUUCUGCGCUGAGCAUCGGUACUCCGACAGGCACGGUUGUAGUUACGACUACAAGGCUGCCGGACGAGAGGCCAUAGCGAAGGAAAAUCCGGUGGUAAAAGCAGCCAAAAUUGUCAAGAUCUGA